AAAGCAUCCAAGUCGUCAUCCAUCCAUGUACCACCUUCUUUAUUAAAUUGAAGCCACAUGUACGAGUCAAAGUAAACCAAAGAAGAACCCUAAUUUUAUCUUGAGUUUGUGCAAAAUCAGCUCAAAAAAUGAGCUCAAAUCAGAAGACCCAAACCGCAUUUUCUUUACUAAUUCUACUACAAUUACUACCUCAUGUGAGAUCUCAAAACCCACCUCCUCCUCCUCUAUACGCCGAUUUCAACCCUUCAAUCAUUACAAUAAUCGUCAUUCUAAUAGCAGCCCUGUUUCUAAUGUUCUUUUUCACGAUCUACAUCCGCCGGCAGUCAACUGAAGGCGGUGUUAGCAUCCGUCGAGCUCUCUCCACGCGCCGCGCCAACGCGCCGUCACGCGGCCUCGAUCCGUCGGUCAUUGAGACGUUUCCGACGUUCGUAUACUCCACCGUCAAAGGCCUCAAGAUCGGUAAAGGGGCUCUUGAGUGCGCCGUGUGUCUCAACGAGUACGAGGAUGAAGAAACGAUUAGGUUGAUUCCUAAGUGUGAUCACGUGUUUCAUCCUGAGUGUAUUGACGCUUGGUUGCAGAGUCACGUGACCUGUCCUGUCUGUCGUGCGAAUCUUGUUCCAGAUUCGGUAAACGUCGUCGUUUCUGAUCCGGUUUCGACCUCUGUUAAUGAAGAGGUUGUAGUCAACGUGCAAGAGCAAACAGAGUCUGUAAACCAGUCUUCUAUAAUUCCGAGAUUGUUUGACAAGUUCAGAUCUCAUUCAACCGGGCAUUCGCUUGUUCAACCGGGGGAGAAUAUGGACCGGUUCACGUUGCGGUUGCCUGCGGACGUGAGGAAGCAAGUGGUGAGCCGGGCUCUGCUGAACCGGAACGGGAUGGUGGGAGAAGGGAGUGAGAGGAACGGGUACAGGAGAAAAUCGUACAAACGGCUGCAGAGCUUAGACCGGGUGAUGGUGAGGUCAGAACGCUGGGUUAUGUCCAGGGCACCCUCGUUUUUGUCACGAGCGUUAUCUAUUAGGUCUCCCAGGGUGGUGGUGGCUGGUAACAGCGAGGCGUCAACGUCGUCAACCACGCCUAAAGGCUCUAAGACGCUCGAUACGAUUCCGCUAAAUAACUUGGGACCCAAAAGUUGUUAGACUCCAUUCUUUCUUUAGCGUUAAUUAUUUGCAAGUACAAGGUUACAAGUACAAAAGUGCAUAGGAUGUAAUUUUGUAAAAUACUUCCAGUUACAAGUUACAACUAUAUCCAUCAAGUUUUUAUUGCA